GUCUGCAAACGUCGCGAACUUUGUCAACAUUGGACGUGGGAAAGAAAAACAAACAAAAAAGCUGAGUCGGCAAAGCAAGCAAAAUGUUUGCCGUUUUGAUUUGAGUUGAUUGAUAUCUGAAGGCGAUUUGUGGUUUGUGCAGAAAAUUGAAAAAUGUAAAAUGGAACAACAUGAUCAAGAUUAACUGAUUCAUUGCUUAUGGUGGUAGUUUCUCUGUCAAACGUAGAACAUUCAUCGAUAAGUUUACCUUCAUUGAUCCUAGAUUUAUAUGAAAUUACAACAUGGAUAAAUUAUCUGAAGAUCCUAAUACGAACGAUGUUCUUAAAGAAAAAAGAGGAUAUUAUUUCGAAGCCUAUAGCGAAGUGUACGUUCACGAAGGAAUGUUACGAGACAGAGUUCGUACGAUGGCUUAUAAACGCGCCAUUGAAAUGAACAAACACUUAUUCAAAGACAAAAUUGUAAUGGAUGUAGGUUGUGGUACCGGAAUACUUUCCAUGUUUGCGGCGUCGGCUGGCGCAAAAACUGUGAUAGGAGUGGACUGCUCGGAAAUAGCAAGAACUGCUGUGAAAAUCGUUCGAGCGAAUAAAUUCGAUAACAUUCAUAUACUAAAUAGCAAAGUCGAAGAAAUCGACCAGUUACCGGAUGGAAUUGAGAAAAUAGAUAUAAUCGUUUCCGAAUGGAUGGGUGUCUGUUUGUUCCACGAGUCAAUGCUUAGUACAGUUGUGUACGCUCGUGAACGAUGGCUGAAACCGGAUGGAUUGAUUUUUCCUGAUCGCGUUGUAUUGUAUCUCGCUGCAAUAACUCAUAAAGAUACGGCCGAACGAAGAAUUCAAGGUUGGGAUAGUAGAUACGGUUUCAAAAUGAGUGCACUGAAGAAAAUCGCUCAUGUCGAAGCUUCCACAGAAACUGUGGAUGAUAGCGAAGUGGUUACAGAUUACGCUAAAGUAAAAGAAAUGGAUCUUAUGACCUGUUCAUCAGAUUUCUCUUUUGAGACGCCAUUCACCUUGACUGUUAAUCGUCAAGAUUACAUUCACGCUUUCGUCACUUAUUUCGACGCUAUAUUCAAACAGUGUCACUUCCCAUUUGUACUGUCAACGGCUCCCUCGCUCACUCCGACUCAUUGGAGACAAACGGUGUUCUAUACAGAUCGAACGUUGCAUAUGCAAGAAGGCGAACAGAUUGGCGGAGUGUUCGCGUUGCAAAAAUCCAAAAAUAAUUUUCGCGACCUGGCGAUUAAAAUGGAGGUCGAUACAUGGGGCGCUUAUUGUAAAGAGAAUUUUACCAAUAAUUUUGUAUUAAGAUGAUCGAUCAGAUUUGUUAUCUAGUACAUUUUAUUUCGUUGUUUAUUCUAUAGUUCUUUCACUACCAACGUAAUCGUUCCUCGUUAUCAAUCAUCGAUCAUGAUGAAUAAAAUAAAUUUUAUGCGAAGAAA